AGCAAACCUGAGCUGGGAUCUAAGUCACUUCAUUACAGCCAAGCAGAGGCGUAAUGGCAAAGGAAAAGAACCAGACAAGGGGUUUCUGGGAGGACCUGGUGUUAACAGACGAGUUUCCAGAACCGUGCACAAAGCAGAGAACUGAGCAGAAUGAAGAGGCAGAGGACACUGCUGUCGGUGACACAGGAGAAGGUGCCAAAGACAGAGCAGUAAAAUGCAGCCCAACACUGCUGAGGAUGCUGAAGGCAGCAGAGAGCAGAUGGACACCACAGACUCACCACAGAAACAAGGCAGCACCAUCUGAAAUGGGUCUGAAAGAGACGGAAGCUGAGGCUUUAAAGACCUACAUGCAAAUUCAGCUCAGUGACCAGCAAGAAGAAUUCAACAAGCUUCCCACCAAAGCUGGACCUCGGCCUCUGUCUCACUCUGUCUCCCAGUUGUCUGCAGACAGCUUCAGUUCAGUGGGCAGCGUAAGCUCUGAGGAUGAAUCAUCUCCCCAAGACAAGCUGCAGAAGACUUCCAAUGGCCUGUCUGACUUCUGCAUCAAAAACAUCAAGCAGGCGGAUUUUGGACGAAAAGAAAUAGACAUCGCUCAGCAAGGAAUGCCGGCUCUGAUGAUCCUAAGGAAAAGAGCGGGUGAGGAGAAACCUCUGGCUGGAGCCAAAGUGGUGGGAUGUACACAUAUUACAGCACAGACAGCGGUGUUAAUUGAGACUCUGGCAGCGUUAGGGGCUCAGUGUCGAUGGGCCGCCUGCAACAUUUUCUCCACUCAGAACACUGUGGCUGCUGCUCUGGCUGAAGGAGGAAUCUCUGUGUUUGCCUGGAGAGGAGAAUCAGAGGAUGACUUCUGGUGGUGUAUUGACCAAUGUGUUGCCAUUGACUCCUGGGAGCCAAACUUGAUUCUGGAUGAUGGCGGUGAUUUGACCCACUGGAUUUACAAGAAGUAUCCAAACCUGUUCGGAAAGCUCAAAGGCAUUGUGGAGGAAAGUGUGACAGGCAUCUAUCGGUUGUACCAGCUGUCAAAGGCCAGCAAACUGUGCGUUCCUGCCAUGAACGUGAACGACUCUGUGACCAAGCAGAAGUUUGACAACCUUUACUGCUGCAAGGAGUCCAUACUGGACGGGUUGAAGCGAACGACUGAUGUCAUGUUAGGAGGAAAGCAGGUGGUGGUGUGCGGAUACGGCGAGGUCGGCAAAGGCUGCUGCGCCGCUCUGAAAGGACUGGGCGCCGUCAUUUAUGUGACAGAAGUGGAUCCUAUUUGUGCCCUUCAGGCCUGCAUGGAUGGUCUUAGAGUGAUUACACUGAGUGAAGUUAUCAGACAUACAGACAUGGUCAUCACCUGCACAGGCAACAAGAACGUGAUAACUCGGGAACACUUCGACAGAAUGAGAAGUGGCUGCGUUGUCUGCAACAUGGGACACUCAAACACUGAGAUAGAUUUGGCGAGCCUGCGGACUACAGAGCUGAAGUGGCACCGUGUCAGGCCUCAUGUGGACCACAUUAUCUGGCCUGAUGGCAAGCAGGUUGUCCUCCUGGCUGAGGGUCGGCUGCUCAACCUGAGCUGCUCCACUGUGCCGUCAUUUGUCCUCUCUGUCACAGCUGUAACUCAGGCUUUGGCUCUAAUAGAGCUAUACAACGCACCAGCAGGACGAUACAAACAGGGUGUUUACCUGCUGCCAAAGAAGAUGGAUGAAUAUGUGGCCGGCCUCCACCUGCCAAUAUUUGAUGCUCAUCUAACAGACCUGACUGAUGAGCAGGCCCAGUACCUGGGCAUCAGCAAACACGGGCCAUUCAAACCCAAUUAUUACAGAUAUUAAAAUCUCAGAGAUUAUUUGGCAUGAAAACAACCCAGCAUCUCCCACCACGAAGCACUGGCGCCCCCUGCAUUUGGAUCCUCUCUACUGUUAUUGUGGGCUGGCAGCCUCUGUCCUAUUUUUUUAUUUUAAUUUUAAUUUUUUGGUUUUACAUUACAACCCUGUAUCCAGAAUGUAUUAUUCAUUUGACUCUGAAUUAAUUGUUAAAGCAAACAGAAAUUCAUUGAAACUUUCUCAGAAAAACUGGUCUGUCUUCAUCAACCUUUGCUCGCUAGGGGGCGACAAGGUGCUGUUUUGUGGAAAUGCAAAGAUGGGCUCUACUGGUUUAAUUUCUCACUAAUAAUGUUUGAAAGUGUGCAUAUCUGACAUCAGUAUGUUUUGCAUUAAUUUGCUUUUAUUACUCAUGUUCAGCAAAUAUAGACCCCUUCACAUUGUCAUACUCUGGGGACAUGCCUUAAAUUUGAGAAUAAAAAAAACCCAUUAAUGUAAUUUAGUAACAAUUAGAUUCAUACUUAAAGCUGUGGUUAAGUUUAGCCUGGUAAUGAUAGUGCAUGUUCAUAAAAUUAAUGUCAGCCAAUGCAAUCUUUUCUGAAGUGAAGGGAACACUGGUGAGUCGCAUGGAGAGAUCUGGUCAGUUUGCCUCUUUUAUCUUGCUGAUAAGCAGAGAUGCAGCAUGAUCAUAAAAAAGGGUAAGAACACUGCAAUGUUUAAGAUGUUGGAAUGAAUAACAAGUCUUACUCGAAUUUGAAUGACUCUUCAUAUCCAAGGCCUGGCUGAACCUGGUGGAGAUGUGUAAAAACAAUGUAGCCUAAAGGUGUGGAGGGCACCGUAAAAGUGUUGCAUCCUAAAUAAAUUAAUGACGUAUUUC